AUGGCAGCCACGGAGAAGAACCAGGAGCAACUAGCGCUCGCCCGCAAACUCAACCACGUCCCUUGGUCUGAGCAGUAUGAACGCAUGAUAUCCGGAAUGCUCUACGACUCCUUCGAGCCUUCACUCUCGUCCGCCCGCUUCAAAGCCCGCGUCUGGUGCCACAACUACAACAACCACUUUCCCGUCGAGACAUCGACGGACUUCGAGUCGCUGCAGAAGCACCGGCUGGGCCUGCUGCGCAACAUCAUCGGGCACGUCGAGGGCGACGAGGCCUUCAUCGAGCCGCCCUUCUUCAUCGACUACGGCUGCAACAUCAGCCUCGGAGACCGCUUCUACGCAAACUUUAACCUCACCAUCCUCGACUGCGGGCUCGUCACCAUCGGCGACCGCGUCAUGUUCGGCCCCAACGUAUCCAUCUUCGCCGCCACGCACGAGACCGAGGUGCAGAGCCGCAGGGACAACAUCGAGUACGCCAAGCCGGUUGUGAUUGGGGAUGACUGCUGGAUUGGAGGGAGUGUCAUCAUUCUGCCGGGCGUGACGAUUGGGGAGGGCUGCACCAUUGCUGCGGGAGCAACGGUGACGAAGGAUAUCCCGGCCUGGAGCGUCGCGAUGGGGAGCCCUGCAAGGGUUGUGAAGAAGGUGACGCCCGUGCCGAAGCCAUAA